GACCGCUUGCUGUCAACAUCUACGACCAGGACAGCGAGAAGUCACGUCCAAGAUGCAGUCAGGAAUUUCUGCUUCAAAGGAGCUCCAACAAGCCUUCAAUGAGCUUGUGUCGUCACCUUCUCAGCGCGGCUUGCUAGCAGGCAUCGACCGGGAACAGCUCGUCCCUAUUCAGACUAUCCCUCUGACGACUCCCGACUUUUUGUCCGACGUCUCGUCUCUCGACUCAUUGCUCAAAGAGAAGGAGGCUGCCUACGUGAUUCUCCGCCGCUACGAUGCCCCUGACGGUUUCGUUGCCGUCACUUAUGUUCCCGACACGGCAAACGUUCGGCAGAAGAUGCUCUUUGCUUCUACGAGACUAACUCUUGUGAGGGAGCUGGGCACGGAGAGAUUUCGCGAGACUCUAUUUGCAACAACAAAGGAAGAACUGACGGCUGAAGGCUGGAAGAGACAUGAUCAACAUGGCGAGACAAAGGCGCCUCUGACGGAGGAGGAGCAAUCGCUGCAAAUCGUCAAGGAAGCCGAGGCGGAAAUCAGCGGUGGAACAACAGCACGGUCAAACCACGUCAAGUCGCUGGUCCACUUUCCUGUCUCGGAUGAGGCGAUGAACGCCUUGAAGAACCUGAAGAGCGCAUCGUUCAAUUUAGUACAAUUGCGCAUCGAUGUGCCCCGAGAAACGAUUGAGCUGGCCGACACAAACACUACAGAUCCAGAUGGCUUGAGUGCCACCAUCUCUAGCAGCGAACCCCGGUAUUCAUUCUAUCGAUAUUCAAAGGGCUCGGAAGAUUUGGAGGAUUCGCCGAUUGUCUUCAUAUAUACGUGCCCCGGCGCGUCGAAGAUCAAAGAACGCAUGGUAUAUUCGACGUCUCGUGCCAGCAUGAUUAUUCUUUCCGAAAGAGACGCUGGUCUCGUCAUUGCGAAGAAGCUCGAAGCAUCAGAACCCUCGGAGAUAAGUGCAUCAGUAUUGCAUGAAGAAUUCCAUCCUAAACAAGAACAAAAGACUGGCUUUGCCAGACCCAAGCGACCGGGACGACGAUGAGCU